CUCGGCCUCCGAGAGCAGCAGCGAGACCUGUUCGGUGGAGAGCAGAAAAAUCAGCAGGGACUUUGGGAGAGGGAAGGGCGCGAAGCCCCUGGAGCUGGCGAAGGCGAAGGCGGUGUACUCCUGCCGUGCCCCCCUGCAGCACGGCCCCCCAUAGCCAGGCGCAGCACUCCCAAGAGGCAGAUGCGGCCGGAUUCCCUGGUGAUUUACCGUCAGAAAUGCGAGUUUGGGAGAGGUCAAAGCCAGGACAGCUCACGGGGGAGCUUGGUGAGGAGGAUCUUCCAAGGGUCUGUAAAGGAGAAGCAGUUGGCUUCCCCUGCGAUGCCCAGAGUCAUGGAGGACACCACAGCCACCGAAAGCAACGAGCUUCUCUCAGCAAAAGACAGUGACCGAGAGCUGAGCAGCCAUGGAGUGAAGCAAACCGUCGCCGUGAGCACCGAAGCCCCGGACGUAUGUACAAAAGAGCAUGAGAAACCCUCAAAACUGAGUAUACCUCCUGAGGAGGUCAAGGAGGUGAAGAGGAGAGGUCUCCAUCGCUCUCAGUCGGACAUCAGUUCUCGCUACUCCAAGUCCUUCUCCGAGUUUGAUACGUUUUUCAAGUACUGUGGCCUGGAGCAGGAGGUCAUCGAGGAUCUUGGGAGAGAGAACUUCUCCGUGGUGUCGGACAACGUCUCCUUCAAGAUCCGCAGCAUCAGCGUGGCAACGUCCGAGAGUGACUUCACUAGGCACAGCGGGGACGACGGGCUGCUGGAGGAUGAACUCACAGAGCAGGUCCCGAGCAGCACUUCCGUGAUCGAGCGCAACGCUCGGAUAAUCAAAUGGCUGUACAUGUGUAAGAAAGCCAAGGAGACUAACAAGGUGAUCCAGGAACUGGCGUGA